UCUAUUGCUGUUUUUUAAUCUCUUCUCACCGUCGUCCGGUGGAGCAAAUGGAAAUGGACAAGCAGAGUCGCCUUAGAAAUCUCGCAACCUGAUUAACGCGCUCGGCUCGGCUCGGAUCUUUUUCUUUUUGUGCAGUUCCGCCGGCUCCCUAAUUAAGAUUCCCCUUUCUCUCCCCCUCCUCCUCCUCUCUCUCCUCCACCUCCCCGCGGCGCGGCGCGGCGCAAUGAUUUCCGGCCCCCUGCUGCUCCGGUACCGGCCGGGAGUACACUAGCCAGCAGGAGAGCAGGAGGCGGAGCUCCCACCAAAUCUGCUCCGCGUCACCUGCCGUGCGCCCGUGCCGCUCCUAGGCGGCCGUAUCGACAGGAGGAUCGAUUUCGGCCUCGGCCGGGGGUCGUCGGCGCGGCGCGGCGGGAUGUUCAAGCUCCACCGCCACCGCUCCUCGGACCGGAGCGUCGGCGAGCGCUUCGAGUUCAGGUUCUCCAGCUUCCGCGCCGUCAUGGUCCCUGCAGUAUCGGACAGGAUGUUCCUUUCGAUAGUCUCUGUGGAUACCGGGAAAACCAUCGCCAAAUCCAGUAAAGCGGCUGCCCGCAGUGGAAUCUGCCAAUGGCCCGAUUCCAUAUCGGAACCGAUAUGGUUUUCUCGAGACGCAGUGUCAAAAGAGUUCGAUGAGUGCCAAUACAAGAUUGUUGUUUCUGUGGGAUCAAUAAGAACUGGUAUUCUUGGCGAAAUUUUCCUAAACCUGUCCAACUUUCUGAAUUUGGCGGACCCAACUGCCAUCUCUAUGCCGUUGAAGAGAUGCAACUCUGGAACAGUUUUGCAGCUUAAGGUUCAAUCUCUUGGCACAAAGCCUAAGUUGGGUGGUGUGAGAUCUUCAAGGGACAUGCCUCCUCGUAUCAGUGACCAUUGUCUAAUAAAUGACGACAUGGAUAACAAAUCAGAUGGCUCUGAUAAUACGGCCAACAGGAGUGUCCGUUCUGCGUCAGGAACUCCUUUAGGGGGCACUUAUCAAGAUGAACCUGGAAACAGGGAAAUGAGUUUCUCAGCAUCAGGGUCUCACCGGAGUUCCAAUUCUGGAGAUAGUACCCAAGAUAGAACAAAUUUGUCUCCGAUAGACAACACUAAUGGUGGAUUGUAUGUCGGAAGGCAGGAUUCAGGUAGUUCCUAUGUCAGCGCUGGCCGUGGUGAUGAAGGAUUGAGAUCAAACAAUUCAUCUUUCAGUUCCCGGGCUUCAGGUCCAAACAUGCUGCAAGGAAAUACUCCCAAAUCCUUUUCAAAUGGGAUUGCUCAGUCAUCAUUGGGGACAACUGAUUCAUCUAAAGAUCUUCUUGAAGCUGCUGAAGAAACAAUUGAAGAACUCCGUGAUGAGGCAAAAAUGUGGGAACGACAUUCUCGCAAAUUGAAGGCUGAUCUAGAGGCGCUGAAGAGGGAAUGUUCUGAGAAAUCAAAGCAACAGACUGAGCUAGCACUUGAACUGUCUGCUGCACAUGCUGAGCGGGAUUCUUACAGGCACGAAAUUGAAGAAUUGAAGUCAUCACGGCAAGAGUCAUCUCGGCAAGAGUCGUUUCGGCCAGAGUUAAGCAGACGGCAAAUAAAAUCUGUAACCCCCAAACGUGGGGACUGGAUCAACAUGGAGAAGGAAGUAGAAGACGAGAUGAAGUUUCUGAAAGAAUCAAAUGCAAGCUUACAGGUACAGCUGAAGAGCACUCAAGAGGCAAAUAUAGAGCUUGUUUCUAUUCUUCAGGAACUGGAAGAGACCAUAGAAGAACAAAGAGCGGAGAUAUCUAAAAUUUCUGAGGCCAAGGAUGUCACUAAUACAGAUGUAUUGAAGAAUGGGUUGUUAGUCAAAGAAGAGACAGAAUGGGCUAGGAAACUGUCAAUGAAAGAAGAUGAAAUCAAUACUUUGAGGCAGAAACUAGAUCGCCUUCUCAGUAUUGAAAAUGCAGGUGCCGCAGGUUCUGAUACCGUUUAUCUUGAAUUGGAGAAAGAAAAUGAAACUCUAAGGGUAAAAAUACAAGAACUUGAGAAAGAUUGUUCUGAACUAACAGAUGAAAAUCUGGAGCUUAUAUAUAAGCUGAAAGAAAGCGGUGUGGGAAAAGGGCAGGAUUCUCAUGUUUCAAACAACAGUGAAUUGCAAAUUGAAAAGCUUACAUCACAAAUAUAUCAACUGGAAGAGGAACUUAGAGACAAGGAAAUGAUGCAUGACGGCAGUUUUACCGAGUCAUCAGUGUCUAAUGCCAAAGAGUUACAGAGGAAGUGUGCUGACCUUGAGCUGAAGCUGCUACGUUUUAGGUCUCAAGGCUUUGAGCUAGAAGAGAAGUUCCGAAAAAGCCAAGAAGAACUAGAACAAAAAAAUCUUGAGUUAUCUAAGCUGAGAGAGGAGCUUGAAGGCUUGGAAGGUGGUGAAACUGGUGGUGCGAGAGGAUACCAAUUUAGAGAAGAUCUAGAGGAUAAUGAAUCUGAGACAGAUAUACUGAAGACCAGAGUCCAGCUACAACAGCAGGAAAAUGAUGACUUGCGGCGCUCCAAAGUCGAAACGGAAAAUUUGAUGUCUGAAAUUCAGGCAGAGAAGAGUCUGUUAGAGGAACGCUUGGCAGCAUCAGUUAAAGAAAGUAGCAUCACUUCCAAAUGCUUGGAUGAAUUGCAACAAGACAUUUUGGUGCUUUCUAGCAGCAUAGAUUCCCAUGUGUCUGCUAAUAAGGUUCUUGAAAGAAAGAUAAAUGAACUCGAGAGCUGCAAAGCAGAACUAGAGUUACAUAUAUCAGAGCUUGAACAGGAAAAUAUAGAGUUGUCAGAACGCAUAUCUGGACUGGAAGCCCAAUUAUCUUACAUUACAAAUGAGAAGGAGUCAAGUGAGCUGCAGAUGCACGACUCAAAAUCCCUUGUCAUCAGUCUCAAAGAUAAAGUAGAGCGACAACAAGUGGAGAUGGAUACUCAAAGGGUUGAGUUUAAACAAAAACAGCAAGAAACACAAAGAAAACUGUCGGAAGCACAGGACGAUUCAGAAGUUCUGAGAAGAUCUAAUUCUAAUCUGCAAUCUACAGUUGAGAACCUUAUUGAAGAGUGCAGUUCCCUUCAAAAUCUGACUGCAGAUCUCAAGAGGCAGAAGUUGGAAUUGCAUGGCCGUUUUAUGCAACAAGAGCAGGAAUUGGAUAACUCGAAAAAAAGGAUCCUUGAUUUUUGUAAAACAGUGGAGUUCCUAGAAUCAAAGCUUUCUUCUCUUCAGAAGGACAUAUCUUGCAAAGAGCAAUCAUUGCUGUCAGAACUGGAGAGUAUAUUCCAGGAGCACACACAGAGCAAGAAGAAAAGAUAA